GUGUAUAAAUAUACCAACGGCAAAUGGGUUGCAACUAAGGAGGGGUCUUAUCGAUACCCUACACCGGUACCAGGGCGAGAUGCUUAUGUGCACUAUCAUUCUCCUAACACCGGAGAUUACUGGAUGAGGGAGCCAGUAUCCUUUGCCACGCUGAAGAUUUCCAAUAAUCUAGACGCUCUUGGAACG